GUUGAUUUUUAAAAACUGAUUUUGGCUUCAAAUGUCUUCAGAGCUUACAGAAGAACAAAUUGCCGAAUUUAAAGAGGCUUUUUCUCUUCUCGACCGUGAUCAUAACGAUACGAUUACCACUAAAGAGUUAGGUACCGUUAUGCGUUCUCUUGGUCAAAAUCCUACAGAAGAAGAACUUCAAGAGAUAAUCCACGAAGUUGAUCCCAGCGGUAAAGGAACCAUAGACUUCCCUAGAUUUUUAAUUUCUAUGGCAAAAAAGAUGAAUGAAGGAGAUUCCGACCAAGAUGUUAUUGAAGCUUUUAAAGUUUUUGAUAAAAACAUGACUGGUUAUAUUGGUGCUGAAGAACUUCGUCAUAUAUUGAUCUCUUUAGGUGAAAAACUUUCUGAUGAGGAAGCAGAUGCCUUAAUAAGAGAAGCUGAUACUAAGGGAGAUGGCAACAUAUAUUAUGUUGACUUUGUCAAGAGAAUGAGCGCUAAAUAAAUCCUUUAACUGCAAUA